UUUAUUUAUUUGCGUACUUGCGCCUGAGUGAAGAUGGAUAUCAGUGAAAUUAUAAUAGAGAACGUAAAGAAUUAUGAGUUCGGAACAACUCUAGUUUAGUUCUUACUAAACUCUUCUUCGAUUAGCAUUUUUGAAAGUCAUGGCUAACGUGACCAUACGUCCCGCUUUGAGGUUAUCUGUCCCGCUGUCCCCAACGAGAGCAAAAAUGUCCCGCUUUCGAAAAUACUGGAUAUUGAUAUUGAUGAAAAAUACAUGAGUUAUUUUUUUCCCAGUGAAGAUAUAAUUUAUUUGCAUAGUUUUUUUCAAGCAACAUUAACAUUAAAAUUAACUCGAAAGAUUUUAUAAUGCUAAUGCUGGAGUUAAUGUCGACGUCGUCGACGGCGUCAAAUGUCAACAAAAUUGAAUCGUAUGAAAUUUUAUGAGAGCAGUUAAUCUUAACGCCGUAAGAAAUUCGAUGCCGAAAAAGUUCAAUCUGUUUCAACUUUUUCGGCGUCGUCGACGGCGUUGACAUUAACUCCAGCAUAACAAGGGAAAUCACCAAAUUAAAAAUGCUUAUAAAAACAGAAAAAGUUUCUGUCACUCUGUCAGUACCCUAAGCAUAGACGCUCUAAAUUGUUCUGGUAUCUUUUCAUCGCGGAGUCGGAGAAGGCGAGCAAGGUCAAACAAUUUAUUUUCAAUGUUAGUGAUUGUAACAUUACAAUAAUGCCUAAACGCAAGUGUACUUUUAACAUUUCUUUGCAAAAUAAGUAUCCAUUUAUAAAACAAAGAAGUGGUGAAUCAGACGUUACGUGUGAAAAAUGUCGUACUGAUUUUAGUGUUAGACAUGGUGGUGCCAGUGAUAUUGAGAAGCAUUUAAAAUCGGAAAAACACAAGCUUUCUGAUCAAGCUGCCGCUUCAAGCUCGUCAAUGCUUUCUUUUUUUAAAAGAACAAAUUUGGCGACUUCCAAAGACUUGGAUAUAGCUGCAGCGGAGGGUGCGUGGGCGUACCACACAGUGCAAGAAAACCACAGUUUUCGUUCGAAUGACUGUGCUUCAAAUCUAAUACAAACAUGUUUUGAGCAAAAAUUUAGAUGUGCCCGAACAAAAUCACAAGCUAUAGUUGUAAAUGUGCUGGCACCUAUGGCGAUGGACGAAUUGAAAGAACACCUUCACGAAGCCCACUGCAUAUCUUUAUUAACCGAUGCUUCCAAUCAUGGCUCAAUAAAAUUAUUCCCUGUUUUAGUUCGCUAUUUUGUACCAUACGAAGGCGUGAGAGUCAGGAUUUUAGAGUUUCAAAAGCAGCCAGGCGAAUCAUCUGAUAUAAUUGUGGAUUAUUUGAAAGAAGUAUUAUCUUGCAAUGAUUUGAAUAAGAAAACUGUGGCAUUUUGUGCAGACAAUACAAACUGCAAUUUCGGAGGAAAGAAUAGAAAAGGGAUAAAUAAUGUUUACGCGAAAUUUAACCUAUCCGUCGGAAGGCAGCUCAUUGGGAUUGGGUGUGGAGCCCAUAUAAUUCAUAAUGCUAUCAAAACAGCCGCAGAUUGUCUCCCUGCUGACUUCGAAUGCAUCAUUGUGAAAAAUUAUUCAUUCUUCUACAUCUACAGCAUUCGGGUAGAAAUUCUAAGAGUUCUGUGAUUCCACCGACACAGAGUAUCAGAAACUGUUGGGCUACAGUAAAACAAGGUGGCUUGCUUUAAUGCCGGCGCUUGAAAGAAUUUUAAAAAUGUUUCAGCCUUUGAAAACCUAUUUUCUGAGCAUAGAUAAAUGCCCUACUAUUUUAAAAAAGUUUUUCGAAAAUCCCAGCUCUGAAUUGUCGUUAUAUUUUUUGCACGCACAGACAGCGAUUUUUCAUCAAGCCGUGUUGAAAAUCGAGGGACAAAACGUGUCCGCAAUAGAGUCUGCGAAUGAAAUUAAUCGUCUCCGAGUUAACUUAGAACUUAAAGAGAAUUCGAUUUUCCUUCCUCAUUCCGUCCGCAAUCAACUGGUAAAAUUACAAAAAAAAACUGACGUUGCUGUUGAUGAGCAGAAUGUGAAAACUGCGGCAGCGGAUUUUUAUAAGACAAGUAAAGAAUACUUGGAACAGUGGUGCCAGUUCAAUGCACAACUAGCAGUAUUUGAAUGGUCAAGUUUGAGAAAAGUCCCUACUUAGGAAGACGUACAGAAUGUGACGGAUUUGCUGAUCACACAAAGAUUUCUUAGCAGUAGCCAAGAUACGGAGGUGUUCGAUGAGUUUUCGCUUAUUUCCAGUUACGUCACAGUUGAAAAAAUCAAAAGCUGGAACGAUGAAAAUGUUGCUACUGAAGGCCGUUGGGUGGAGCUGUUUAAACACUUCCGUGCUAAUAAUCUCAACUGCACAAACUUUCGCACAAUUAUUGAGUAUGUUUUAUGUAUGCCUGGAAGUAACGCACCUGUCGAAAGAGUUUUUUCCCUAAUGAAUAAAAUAUGGACAAGUGAAAAAACGCAGUUAAGUGUGACAGUUUUAAAAGCUAUUUUAAUUACUAAGACUAACAUCAACAAACAAUGUAAUCAGCUCCAUUCCUACUUGAAAACUAGACCCGAUAUUUUAAAAGUAAUUUGCUCUGCUGACAAAUAUAAAACAAAUACUUAGACAUAAGAUUAAUUUCAUAAAUUAGAUUUAUACGUAUUCUCUCCGUUUUUGAAUAAAAUUUGUUUCUAAAUGCAUAAUUUGUUUUUUUUUUACAAAAUUCCGCAGGCGUCCCGCUCUGACGAAAAAUAUAAA